GUUCUCUCGGGUCGGUAACUUUUUGCUUCUUCACGUUUUUCUUGCUACCUUCUUUCUAUUUUCUAUGGCCGCUCAAGCUACCUUCAAGUCCAUCAAGUCUGUUAUUCCUCUCUUGGACCGUGUCUUGGUCCAGCGAUUCAAGCCUGAGACUAAAACGUCCACUGGCAUCUUCUUGCCAACUUCCGCUACCAACCAACCUCUACCGGAGGCCACUGUGAUUGCUGUUGGUCCUGGUGCCCCCAACAAAGAUGGCCAAAUCGUUCCAUCGACGGUGAAAACUGGUGACCGUGUUUUGCUACCGGGAUGGGGAGGAAAUCCCAUCAAAGUCGGCGAUGAGGAAUACCACCUCUUUAAAGACUCUGAGAUCCUUGCCAAAAUUCGGGAAUGAGUCAAUAACUUGAUCCUGGAGGUCGCAUCUCGCGAAAAUAGUGUCAACUAUCAAGGGGGACCGGAGAGGCGUAGGAGAUGUUGAAAGGUACUCUACAGCUCGGUAUUAUUUAGCUAUGAUGGUUGGGGAGAUGUUGUCCAUCUUUUCCAUCCUAAUUACUGUUUUGGUGUCUUAUGGUUAGUCAAAAUGGAAUCCCCACUCAAACCACGUUCCGUGCGCC